GGAGACCCAGUGUCUGGCCCCGCGCACCUCGCCCCACCUCGGUUUCCCGCGCCCUGGCGGCCCCCUUCGGUACCUCCUCUUCCUCCAGGCUAAGGAUGGAGUUCAGCCCCCCAAUUCCGUCGGCGGCGCCAAACCUCUCCGGAGCAGUCGCACUGGGCUGGGGUCUCAACUUGACUUCCGGACAGGGAACCCCGGCCCCAGGGCCCCCGACGCCUCCGCCUCCCGGACUGCCCAACCGCCGCGUCCGCCUGGUCCUCCUGGGGGUCAUCCUGGUGGUGGCGGUGGCCGGCAACGCCACGGUGCUGAGCCGCCUGUGCGGCGGCAGCGGGCCCUGGGUGGGUCCCAAGCGUCGCAAGAUGGACUUCCUGCUGGCGCAGCUGGCUCUGGCCGACCUGUACGCGUGCGGAGGCACCGCGCUCUCGCAGCUGGUCGGGGGGCUGCUGGGCGAGCCGCGCCGGGCCGCGGGGGACCUGGCGUGCCGCUUCGUGCAGCUGCUGCUGGCGUCCGGCCGCGGCGCCUCGGCCCACCUCGUGGCGCUCAUCGCCCUCGAACGCCAGCCCGCCGUGCGCCGUCCGCAGGCCCCACCGCUGCCCGCGCGCGCCCUCGCCGCCCUGGGCUGGCUGCUGGCGCUCCUGCUGGCGCUGCCGCCGGCUCUCGUGGUGCGCGGGGGCGCCCCCUCACUGUUCCCCGCCGCGCCCCAGGUCCCUCGCGCCUGGCCCGGGCAGCGUCGCUGCCACGACAUCUUCGCGCCGCUGCCGCGCUGGCACCUGCAGGUCUACGCGCUGUACGAAGUUGUCGCGGGCUUCGCGGCGCCUGCCGCGGUCAUGGGCAUCGCUUGCAGCCGCCUGCUCUGCGCCUGGUGUCAGCGCCCGUCCCAGGCCCCGCCGGCUGCGGCGCCCUGGUCGGCGAAUCCCUGCCGAGCUCCCAGCGGGUUGCCCCGCGCCAAGGUACAGAGCCUGAAGAUGAGCCUGGUGCUCGCGCUGCUGUUCGUGGGUUGCGAGCUGCCGGACUUUGCCACUCGGCUGGCGGCCGCGUGGAAGUCCGGACCGGUGGGAGACCGGGAGGCUGAGGACCUGGCGGAGGCGCUGCGCCUCGUGGGGGUGGCCAACAGCGCUCUCAAUCCCUUCGUCUACCUCCUCUUCCAGGCGGGAGACUGCCAACUCCGGCGGCGGCUGCAGAGGCGCCUGGGCGCGGUCUGCUGCGCGCCGGAGGGAGUCUCAGAGGACGGCGAGGGGGCCCGGGGCCACCGGGCUCUCCACCGCCACCGCUGGCCCCACCCCCAUUAUCACCACGCUCGGCGGGAGCAGCCAAAGGGGGGCUGCUUGCGCCCACCCCCGCCGCGCCCCCGGCAGCUGCCCUGCUCCUGCGAAAGCGCCUUCUAGGUGCUCGAUGGCUGGAGACAGGUCAUCUUUCUCUGCGCAGCCCUCCACGAACGCGAGGCCGGGCCUGGGUCUAACUAGUUCAAAACCGGCAGAAAGGUCCCCGAGAGAGUCACACUGAGGCUGUACUCCUCUUCCACUCUCCUAGUAUAUUUCUUCAUAAGGUUUCUUUUUCCAACACUCUUCCAGGUUUCUCCCUUCCAGUUCCUCUCAUAUUUCUCCACUUGGAGACUGGACAGCGAGCCAUUAGGGAGUUGUAUUAACAAAGUUAAUAAUUACGAUUGAUUGACAGUUCCCUUUAACGCUCCCAUACUGUUCUGGAUAAGACCUUUUGUGUUAGCUAAAUUGCCGGGCUAUCAUUAUUUGUUGUGUUAUUAUCUGUUUUUACUUAUUUUGAAUUGCGUUUAAAUCAAGUGUACCUUCAGAACAAGAGAAUUUGCCUUUCUUUCCAGGAAGAUAAUCCCCAUAUUGCUCUCCUCAGAGGAGCCUGGAAAUUAUGUUAGCAAUACUGUCAGAAAUAUAAGCGUGCUGUCAUUUCAGAGCCACAAAGUAUUUGUAAAAUAAAAACAUU